AAGAAUUCUGUUCCUAUUUUCGUUCAUUGUUCAUUUUGCCGAAUUAUUUAAGAUGAAAAAUGAGUGAUCCGUUUAAAUCUCCGAAGCCUCGAGAUCCAAAGAUGGAAAUUAUCUUUGAAGAUGUUUCGGCGGCUAAUGACGGAAUACAAGAGAAGGAGAGUGUAGAGUCUCAGGCUGGGUUGUACAGCGGAAGGGACGGAGAUGCCCUUGCGCUAAACAAGGACGGAUAUGUACAUUCUGACCUAAUUGUGGGUGUACAGGGUCAACAAAUUGCUCACCUUAGCUAUUUUUGUCCAGGAUUGCAUGGGAAAGAUACUAAACAAACAAUUGCCAGGAAACGGUUUACCGACCUUCUGUCUGGAGAAAACCGGUUUUUUAUUCCAAUAAUUCAACGCCGGUACUGUUGGCACGAUAAAAUGAUUCACAGUUGGUUUGAUGAUACAAGAAAUGGUACUAGAGAUCAUCUUGGGAUACAUAAUACUGGAAACCUAGUUGCUAGGUGGUCAGAUCUGGAUCAAGGUUACAUUCUGAUAGAUGGACAGCAGCGGGUCACUACAACCAUUCUUUUCCUAGUUGCUAUCAGGGAUGUUAUGAAUACAAUCAUUGAACGACAUCCUGGUAAAAAUGCCGAGGAGGAAGAGAUAUCUGCCAAAAUACUCAACAAGAUAUCCAAGAUGUUGUACAUAAGUGGUAACAGUCGUCUGGUUCCCUGCUUUCUAGAUAGAGAAGCGUUCUAUUCAAUCCUUAACAAACAAUCCUCACAGGAUACAUCAUCUUACCAGAUUGGAGCUUACAAGAUCCUUUGCUCCAGGAUACAAGAUGAGUUGAGGAGUAAACCUAGUCUCAUGGAGCAGUUGGAGAUAUCCAGGGAGAUUUUAUCCCAGUGUGCUAGACUGAUGGGAGUUACGUGGGUGAGCAUAGAGAAUCCAAUAGAUAUGUCUCAAGUCUUUCUGUGGCUUCAGGAGAAAAGUUUUGGCGCCGGACUAAUGUUUGAUAUUCCACGCCCUGGGGAAACAUUAGUAUGUGCUGACCUAGUUCGGAAUAGGGUUCUCUCAUUUCUUCUCAAUAAACCACUUCAGGAGCAGGAUGAUUUCUACUUGAAGGAGUGGUUGAUUCCGCUGGAGCAAAACUUUAAAUCCAGGGAUGAGUUUAAUGCCAGCAUGAAGAGGUAUACGGAGACAAGAAGACAAGCUCUCCAGGUUAAAUCAGAUUUCGAGAAACAGAUGGAAAUACUUUUCAAAUCCUGCACCGGGGAUACUUACUUGGAACUUUCAGCGUACUCAAGGUUUAUCACGGUAUUCGAGAAUAUGAAACCAAGGAACCACAAUGAGCACCAUAAAGAUAUAUCUCAUGAAAAGUUUAUAAUCAAUGAUAUGAAAAAAUUCUUUUUUUCCUCAUAAUUAAUUGAAGAUAUAGAUAACAUUCCAAUGUGAUAUAUGGGCCUAAUUGAUAUUUUGAUCAGAGGACAAUUCUUUUCCGUUUUAUGAUUCCUGACUUUAGAGUUGUUUUUUGAUUUUUUGUGUCGUUUCUACGUUGUUUUUACUUGUAUUACGUCAUCAGACGAGUCUCUUAUUUGUACAUGUUAACACUAAAAGGGGGCCUAUACAGGAUAUACCCCCCUCCACCACGCCUUUUCUGAAUGAGACCUGCCCCCUUUAACACGUAGAUGCAUUAUCCUCCACUGUAGAUUUGAUAAAUAUAGUUUUAAGAUUGUCAUUGAAUGAUUGAAUUGUUUAGGUAUCUUUUAAAGAUAUGAUCGACAACAAUUGUGAUUAUACUGUGAAGGGUUUCCAGCGAACGAAAUCUUUCGCGAAAAAUGCAAAAAUUUUCGUAAAUUUUCGUUCGUAUUUUGAAAACUUGAUACCGAAUUUAACAUUUUUUCGGGAAAAUUUGCGAAAGGAGGCGAAAAUGACCUGGGAUUUCGCGAGAAAAAAAGUACGACGAUUUUGAGUCAAAAAGGAGAAAAUAAAUCGGGGGUUUUUGUUAAAUUUUGCAUAAAUCAGUUUUUGGGAAAAAUUCGAAAGUUUUGCUAAACAUAAUAUUUUCGCGAAAAAUGCGACAUUUUCGCGAAACGAUUUCCCGGUUUUGCUGGAAACCCUAAUUAUGUGAUCAGAUUUCAUUUCAGUAUUGUUUGUUUACCUGAUUCUAAACCAUAAAACAUUGGAAUAGGAAGACGACAUGUCAGCAAACUAAUGUUUAGAUGAUGUUGUAAGAAAAUAGUUUUACCAGAAGCUCGAAAAUCGACUAAUUAAGUUAAGUGGGUCUGUAUACACUGCACAAAUUUGUUCAUGUUCAUUGGACAAAUUCGUAAGUUGCUUUCUAUUCCAGAGUUUUAUGGUUCUUACUGUAAUCAUUGUAUUUGAUAUGUCGUUGAUGCAAAGAAAAUUUACAAAUAUUUUAUUUUCAGA